UAGAACGGUGCCUGGGCGGCUUCACGCAAAACAACAAUAAAAGCAUGAACCAGCUUAUUUGGAAGAUCACUCCAAAAAUAGCUCCUGCUGGUGCGAAAACCGUCGAAAUUGCAGCGUAUGUUGCUUCCUGCACAUUCAAUGAAGGAAUCUCUGCUCUCCUUAUGUUUCUUCAUGCGAUGGAUGUAAAACUCGGACCUGUCAGUCACGAAUAUGCGCGUAAUGAGGACAAUCAUCGCAUUCUCGCGGCCGAGAAAAAAGCGGAGGCUCAGACUCGAGAAGCAAGAAUGAAGCUUCGGCAAGACCAAAAAGAUGCAUUGGACCUUGCAGCUGCAGCGGAAUCUUCCCUUUAUGGGCCUGGAAUCGAUGAUUCCAUAUGAAAAUUGACGGAGAUAAUGUAACUACCGCAAGGACACUUUUUUUGGCGUGGUCAACAU